AUGUCGCUCCGAGAGGACCCUUUAAUCUUGAGGAGCAAGAGCACUGCUGCCAUCAUCACGCCAGAAACAACCACUCAGACCUAUCAAGAACAACAUCACCACGAGCAGUUGUUGUUGCAAGACAGACCAUCCUCAAGCACAUCACCAACAACGUCCCCGAUUUGUCAUUUUGACACUCUCUCGAAUUCAUCAGAUGUUGAACAUGACAUCAUCUCAUCAACAAGAAAUAAUGAUGAUCGUCGACAACAACAACACGAUAAAUUAUUGCAAGAUUAUGUGAUGGUUGACCAUCCACCCUCCCUACGACCACAACCAUCAUCAUCAUCAUUAGCAAUGAUCGAUGAUGGAUUUCUUGUCAUUAAUAUGGAAGGACGGAGCAGCAAUCCUUCGGAAGGGGUUCUCAAUACGGGCUCUUCAUCUCCGAGAAAUUCAUCAUCUUCUGGACGAAAUAGUAUGGAAGUCCAUCGCAAAAGAAGCACCGUCACUCUCAAGAGACCUCCUCUCCCGAUCGAUGGAAUUGAUUUAGCGAGCUAUGGCACUCCGAGAACAGGAUCAAUCCAUAAAGACCAUCACCAUGGUGACCAUUCCAUAACAUGCUCAACCUCCUCCUCAUCCUCAUCCAUACCAUCCAAUUCAAAAAAAUCAACAAGCUCCUCCUCUUCUUCACAACAACAACAAUAUAUUGAAGUGAAACUAGCACAAGCAACAAGGGAAUUUAAACAAAAUUUAUUGAAUCAAACCAAUGUGUCAACAACUUUAGAUUCGAACACACGAGACAUUGUGGAACCCAAAGAGAUUAUAUUUCUGGAAAAUUUUGCAUAUGCACUCAUUCCUGAUGAUGUGCCAUACUCGGAUCCAUUGUUUCUGAGUCAAGUGGAACGAUUAAAACAAAUUAUUGAGAGAGAAUAUUCGGAAGUUGGAGCUCUAGCUCAGUUUAAACGAGAUGCAAUUUUAUGGAAAAAGACUUUGGAAAGUCCUGAAUAUGAGGCUCUGGGAAAUGUAUUAAGAAGAAUAUUUUGUGUAUUGAGAUAUGGAAGUUUGCUGUAUAGAGAAAAUGAAAAGACACACAAAUGGAAUCUUUGGAAUUCUACAAAAUAUCCAAUUGCGAGUGUUUUAUCACAUGGCAGUAGAGUUAUCAUUCAAUUGGAUAGUAUGGAUGGAGAUGGAGCAAUUCAUCAUAAUGGAGAUGAACAUUCUUUUUGGAAGUGGCUUGUCACUGGAAGUUGUGAUGGAGAUUUAUCGAAAUAUGUUUCAGUCUAUACCAGUGGAAAUGAAGCACGAGUUGAAGGUAAAAUAAUAUUCAGAAGAAUGGGAGCUACUCAUGCUCUCGAUUAUUAUAAGCCACAGGCAUCCGAUCAACAAUUAUUGGACAGUUUACAACAGCUGAAUGGUGAAAUUACAAAUAUCACAGAAAAAUAUCUUAAUGAAGACGAAUUAGCCAUACAUGCUCGACAACGAAGAGUUGCAAAAGAAAUAGCAAGAGCAAAGGAUGAUCUUGUUACACAGUCAUCGUUUACAACUACCACAAAUUACUCUCCAUCUAAAAUUAUUAUUGACGAUCGAUAUGACUUUACUUUACCGAACGGAAAGAAAAAAGUGUUGCAUGAAACCAAGACUAUUGGAAUUACAUUUAGAGAUACUAAAUUAUUUGGAAGCACAGAUGCAUUAUUGAAACAUCACAGACAUUGGGGAAUGAAUUUACCAAUUGGAGGAGCAGAAAAUCGUUCAUUGACAGGCAAGAAAAUUGAGGCCAAUGGCGAGCAUGGCCACAUGUAUAUUUAUUAUCAAUCGCCAAAGAAAGGAAGAUUUGGAGGUUUACUAAUUGGUGUGGAAGGAUCAGAAUAUGGGAAAUAUGAUCAAUGUGGAGGUUAUCAUAGUCUUUCAGCAAAAUCUCCUCGUUUCUCUCCCACUUUUGGAUAUAAAUGGAGAGCAAAGCGUGAUGCACCUGACCUCAGAGAUGUACCAAGUCCUGACAAGUAUAAUUCCCUAUUGAUAGAUCUCACUGGUGGAUGGCGACAUCUCAUUGAUAAAUUCAACAAUGAAUGGAAUGAUGACUAUGUGUCAAGACCAGCUCUUCCUUAA